CUCUGCUUAGUGUAACGCGACACCUGUGACAUUUGAAAGAACACGGUCGGUCGUGUGUACUCUCUUCAUUCAUAUGUGUUGAUUUUGUUGACAUUGAAGUUUGAAAAGUCAUCAGUGGAGCAGCUGUCGAUAUGCUGAAGUCACGUGUCACACCGCUAUCAAGUGUGAUCAGAAAGCAUCUACUUCCUGGGACACACAGCGCAUGUCUCAAAGCAACAGCCGCCAGCCCAAGGGUUGCUGAAAGCGAUGAAGUGCGACCAUAUAAGGAUAUGCCAGGGCCACGUGGCAGAUACGCAAUUCCACAGAUCGGGCCGAUAUUUCACAUGAAACCCUUCACGAAUUUCACAACGCAGUCUUUCCACAAAUUACUGGACUCACUACAUGACAAAUAUGGGCGGACCAUCCGUGUAACCCUUGUUGGACCGAGUGUCGUGACAGAGGACCCAGAUGCAAUAGAAGCCAUCUACAGAGCUGAGGGCAAGUACCCGAUGAGACCCCCCCUGAACAUGUUUGAGACGUAUGCCGAGAGAAACAACAAGGAACCGGGCAUGGCAUUGGUGAAUGGUCCAGAAUGGCAUCGUCUUCGUUCGGCGUCACAGAAGUAUAUGUUGAAACCGUCAUCAGCUUCAGUAUACAUUCAGGAACAAACUGACGUCGCCAAUGACCUCAUAACAAGGAUGUCUACAAUGAAAUAUACCCCAGAGGAGUUCAGAGCAGAGAUGUUCAAAUAUGCUACAGAAAGUAUUGGAGUUGUUGCUUUCAACAAACGACUUGGUUUCAUGGAUCCUAAAGGAGCACCAAUGUCAGCAGAAAAUAAAGUUUAUCUGGAGUCAAUACAAACUUUCUUCCAAUGCUUACUGAAAGAUAUCGGACCUCCUUUGUACAAGUUCAUGCCCACUAAGCUCUACAGAACGUUUGAGAGGGUUGCCAACCAAGCAUAUGGGUAUGGUCGUGUACAAAUAAGAGACGUUCUAGAAAGAGUGAACCGUGAGAUGAAAGAAGGAACGUUUGACCCUGAAAAACCAAAUCUGAUUCUACAGCUACAGGCGAGUCCCAAGACGACCGACAACAGUGUGGAUGCCAUUUUACUAGAUCUCUUAACAGGUGGAACAGAUUCAACUGCAAAGAACAUGGAAAAUCUUCUGCUAAACCUGGCCUUGAACCCAGAGAAGCAACAGAGGCUGUAUGAAGAAAUCCUGGAUGUAAUUGGACCAAAAGGACACGCGCACACCGCUGACCACAUGUCCAAUAUGCCCUACUUUCGAGCAUGUAUGAAAGAAUCAUUCAGGGUUCUCUUCCCUCUUUCCUUUGGUUCUCUCAGAGUGCUUCAAGAAGAUGUUGUACUAGAUGGUUACAUGGUGCCUAAAGGGACCCAUGCCUUCAUGAACAAUCGUCGUCUUCUCCUCAACAGCGAGUAUUUCGAUUCGCCUAAAGAGUUUCUACCUGAGCGUUGGCUGAGAGACGACUCAAGCAACAAGAGAGAAAAGGAAUACCCGGCCUUUGCUCUCUUGCCCUUUGGUUUUGGGCACAGGAACUGCCUGGGAAGACGUUUUGCUGAACAGGAGCUCUGGCUUGGUGUCACAAAAAUUAUCCAGAACUUCCAUGUGUCAGCACCUGAUGAUGGGGACUUUGAGUUCAUGUACACGACAUUUGGUCAAAUCAAGAAUCCCGUUAACUUCAGGUUCGUUCCGCGAUAAUCAUCAUACUACAGUACACGUGCUUUCAGUUUGCUGGCACUAGCAGCUCGUUUACUGUAGAAGCAUACAGCACCCUAUAUGUGUUUGGUUCGGACGUGUUGUAGGUGUACAACAAGUGUUCGUUCCAAAGUUGACCUGUUCCGAUAUCAUGAGCAUGGUGACACUGACAACUUUAGUGCACAUAUAAAACUAGUUUUCAUAUUGAACGUGCGUUUUGAAUUGUAAUUGUUUAAUAGUAAUAGGUUACUUUUGUGGUGAAAACAAUGUUUGACAUAAAUCACUUAUCUUUCUUCACCUUUACCCAUCGAUAAUCAUCAAACUUCUUUGAUACCGCAAAUAAAGAUGUUAUCAAAUCUGCCUACAUUCAUAAGGAAUUGAUGCUUUGAAGAAAAGUUCAUUUCUAAAUGUAUACAUUUCCAUUUACUUUACAACACCAAAAUAGUUUUACAAACUGUGAAGAGUUGAGUUUGAAAGUUAAGUUAAUCAGUGUGCUGUCAACAUUUAACUUGCGUCCUACACCUUCCUUUUGGCUUUUUGCCAGUAAUGGUUUCAAGUGUGACUCGAUCUUUCGAUGUGAUGUACACAACUUCAUAGAGUUAUGAUAUGAAUGUGAUCGACACACACUCUUCGUAUUUAUCCAAGGAAACUUUCAGAGAAUACAAAAUCAAUAUUUGCAUACCUACACAAUAGAUGUACCUGGGGAACGCAUUUGAAUGCAAUGGCCUAACGAUCACAUCCGAAAGUUGGAGAGAUAUGACAGUCGGUAUUCGGACAAAAGGUGCAGAUUGUCGACGUUUAAAUUGUGAGAAUACCAAACUUAACCUCUCUGUAUAUAAAAUAUACAUUGCCGAGGUCGGAUUGUAUUCAGGGAGUCAUUAUUUUUUUAGAUACGGGAAAAUGUUUUUGAAGGUUGUACAUUUUAUUGACAUCCUUAAAAAGGCUGUGCAAAAUAUAGAUAUCUUAUAUAAAAAAUAAACGACUCGUGGUCUUUGUUUAUCGUACAAUAGAACACAGGGCCCCUCCCUACAAUAUGUUAUUGUACGACAAACAACAAUAACUGAAAUGAUGUUCUUAUUUAUCACAUUGUGUUUAAUUGUGUUGAUGGUGGAUCCUAUAAGCAUCCCAAACACAUUCUCUGUAGGACAGGACGUGCUUAUCCUUGUCGCGAACACCCGGUGUCAUCACGUAUUUUCAGUGAUGCAUUGUCAUAACUUGUACCACUGUUUUGCCUUUGACGCCCAGUGGGGUUUUUUUCGGCAGAUAAUCGAGACUGAUUGUUUUCUGGCGUUGACGUUCUACGUUAAGAUCCCAAUGCUGAUUAAAAUGACAUCAAGCUAUGCAUGUCUCCCUCAACAAGUUGCUUACACAGAGACCGAUCAAUCCGCAAAGCCAUAAUACCAAUGAUGUUACAUGUAUGUUGUUAAUUGUCAGUUUAAUGUCAAUAAUAUGACCAAUCCUUACUUUUACAUUUGAGUCCAGGAAAACCUAACGAGGAACAUUUGAAGGAACAUAUGUUUAUUACUUGUACAAACGUGUGUCAUGCAUUUGAUACUGAAUAUAUAUGGAAUCUGUAGUCAGAUUGUUCUUUUGUCAACUCAAAUUAUAUUCUACACUGUUGUGAUUCCUAUUUGUAUAUAUUUUCAAAUAAAGAUUGAAAAAUGUGCCUAAACAA